CAAGCUGACCAAUGUAGUCCAGUCAAACAGAUGAACAGUAUCUACAUUUUAUUUUUAAGCUGUUUUCUAGUGACAUUUAAUUUGGAUACAUCCAUAACAAUGAGCUAAUGAGGCGCGAUUUCGCCCUGGCAUAGACAGACCAUGUGCUCUCUGUUCAGAGCAGCGAGCCGACAACACAGAGACAGUAACGCACGAGCUAUGGCCAGCCUGUCCAACUACGCCGUACGUAUGGCGCGUCUCAGUGCACGUAUCUUUGGGGAUGUGGCGCGUCCUACGGACAACAAGUCCAUGAAGGUGGUGCAGCUGUUCAAGGAGCCGCCCAUGGCCCAGAAAAAGGAGGUGUACGACUGGUACCCUCAACACAAGAUCUACUAUGCCCUUACGCAGAAGCUACGAUACAUGGGACUCUUCAGAGAUGAACACGAGGACUUCAAGGAGGAGAUGCGUCGGCUGAGGAAACUGAGAGGCAAAGGGAAACCCAAGAAGGGGGAGGGAAAGAGAGCCACCAAGAAGAAAUGAGCACUUCCUUUCCCUGUCCUAUAGGACCUGUGGAUAAACCCAGCCCUGUCCUAUAGGACCUGUGGAUAAACCCAGCCCUGUCCUAUAGGACCUGUGGAUAAACCCAGCCCUGUCCUAUAGGACCUGUGGAUAAACCCAGCCCUGCCCUGUCAUAUAGGACAUGUGGAUAAACCCAGCCCUGCCCUGUCCUAUAGGACCUGUGGAUAAACCCAGCCUUGCCCUGUCCUUUUGGACCUGUGGAUAAACCCUGCCCUGUCAUAUAGGACCUGUGGAUAAACCCAGCCCUGCCCUGUCAUAUAGGACCUGUGGAUAAACCCAGCCCUGCCCUGUCAUAUAGAACCUGUGGAUAAACCCAGCCUUGCCCUGUCAUAUAGGACCUGUGGGGGAAUCACAACAGUCCUCGUUUGCUUUGGGACACCAGAGGAAUGGCCUCCCUAACUGUGUUCACACCGGUAACAUGUGACCCCCCACCUCAGGAUGUUCAUAAUGAAUGGAUCCUUGGAACAGCUGAUGAUGUGUGUUGAGAGGAUCCUUUCAUGUCCCCAUCACAGAAGAUCCUGUCUGACAAGUGACCGGUCUUUUGACCGCUGUGUGUUUGGUUCAUAAAGCAUUUCUGUUCGUUGCUUUGACGAGAUGUUUCACUUGUGUCCACGUUGUUAUCAGCUUUCUGUUCUCAUAGUCUCUGCACAGUGAAAGGAGUCUCUGCACAGUGAAAGGAGUCUCUGCACAGUGAAAGGAGUCUCUGCACAGUGAAGGGAGUCUCUGCACAGUGAAGGGAGUCUCUGCACAGUGAAGGGAGUCUCUGCACAGUGAAGGGAGUCUCUGCACAGUGAAGGGAGUCUCUGCACAGUGAAGGGAGUCUCUGCACAGUGAAAGGGUGAAGGAGACCUGGAGGGCAUCGGUACAUAGAAUUGUGAUGCUGGUAUGUUCCUAUUGACUGAGACGAAGCUGGUAUGUUCCUAUUGACUGAGACGAAGCUGGUAUGUUCCUAUUGACUGAGACGAAGCUGAUAUGUUCCUAUUGACUGAGACGAAGCUGGUAUGUUCCUAUUGACUGAGACGAAGCUGGUAUGUUCCUAUUGACUGAGACGAAGCUGGUAUGUUCCUAUUGACUGAGACGAAGCUGGUAUGUUCCUAUUGACUGAGACGAAGCUGGUGUGUUCCUAUUGACUGAGACGAAGCUGGUGUUUUACAUCUGUUCUGAGUGACACCAGGUGUCAUGAAUAAAAAUACUGAAAACAAAAUC